UACUGUAAUGGAUGGGGAACCAAUUAAAAUUUCAUGUAUAAUCGAGGGCCAGCCUUGGCCGCAUAUAGAUUGGUAUCAUGAUGGUGAAUCUGUUCAAAGAGCUAGAGAUAUAACAGUAGCCCGACAAGAAUCAGGAUUAUGUGAAUUGUGCAUAAAAGAAGCUUUUCCUGAAAUGUCUGGAACAUACUCCUGUGUAGCAACCAAUGAAUAUGGAAGUUGUAACUGUGAAUGUACGGUUUACAUUGAAGCCUAUGAGUAUGUGCCAAGUGCUUCAGAGGAAGAUAUUCUAAGCGACGAGAAAACAAGUGACAUAGAAGAAUUUGCUCCACGUAUUGUGAAAGCAUUGCCUACAGUUGUCUCCACAACCGUAGGUGAACUAACCAGAUUGGAAGCGAAGGCCAUUGGUAUGCCCAAACCUCAGGUUAGGUGGCUGAAGCAAGGUGUGGAGAUCGUUCAGUCUCAAGAGUACCAAAUUGAGGAAAUGGAGGAUGGUACCUCGAUACUCAUUAUACCUGAAGUGUACCAAGAUGACACUGGGGAAAUAGUGUUCGAAGCUUACAAUGCCCUUGGAGAAACCUCUACCAUUGCUGCUCUGUCCGUUGAAAGUAUAAUUGGAACUAAGGAGUACAGAAAACCGGAAUGGGUUACUCACAUGGAAGAACUUCAAGCCGCAUUAAAAGCUACUCAAUCCGUACCAACCUUUGUGAAGGAUAUCUUAGGUGAAAGAGUCGAUGAAGAAGAAGCGGUUACCUUUGAAGCUGUGUAUAGUGGAAAUCCUACUCCAGAAAUAAUUUGGUACAAGGAUGAUAAAGUUAUUCGGACUGAUGAACGGUUCACUAUUGAAAAUAAGGAUAACCGCACAACGUGCACUGUCAAAAAAUGCGUAAAGGAGCUAGAGGGAACAUAUAUGUGCAAAGCAGUAAGCGAUAUAGGAAUGGCUAUCACCAAGGCCAAAUUACAAGUCUGGGGAGCUGCUGAAAAGUCUAGAAAGGCUAAACUGAAAGACAAAAAAGAAAAAAUUGCCAAAGCUGUCAAACAAGUAGUAAGAGAAGAAAUAGCUACAGAAGUUCAAGAAGAGGCACCAGUUGUUGAAAAACCUAAAACCAUUAAGAAAGUUGAUAAAAAAUCCGCAAAAACAGUUAUUUCUGAAGCUGACCAUGUGGAAACUGUUGACGUUGCCACUUAUAAGAAGGUUGAUAAAAAAGAAACAAAACCAAAACCAAAAGAAGAAAAAGCUGAGCCGAUUGUCACUCCUCACGACUAUUUGGUAUCUUCCCAAACCGAGAAAGAAGAAACUGUUCAACCCUUGGAAGAAUCGUAUGAAGCCCAAAAGGGUAUAAUAAAAAUGGUAGAAAGUGAUUCACGUGUCGUAGCAGAGAUCAAUGAAUUGUUGGAAGUUAUUAAUGCUAAAGAAUUUGGCCCCGGUGAAUCACCAUUACGUGAGCUAGCCAAAAUUGGCUUCAUGAUGAGAAGUGGUAUAACAACAGAAGAGAUUGAGAGUUUAUACGAUUCACAAUAUUUCCCUGCUCUACGCGUUCCCCAAUCGCAAUCAGCUUUAGUUCGAUUGGUGGAAAGGCAGGGCCAUGGCGCACUCAUCACUGAAGUACUUACCGAAGAAACCACCCAAGAUGAGGACGUCAUUGCAGCUAAAGUUGGUUUCCGUGCUUUCUUGAAAAUGGUGGAGUUGAAACAUUCGUCUGUUGAAGAAGUGAUAGCUCAUUUGUAUCCAGAAGAUUUUAAACCACGAUCCUGGGAACAAAAGGAAGCACAUGAGGUCAUUGUCGAAUCAUCUGCUGAACAUACAGCAGAAACGCAUACUGCUACAGUUAUUAAAGAUACAACUAAAGUCUCGGAAGUUGAAAAACAAGAUCUCAAAGAAAAAGAACAAGUCAAACGCAAAAAACACAUUAAACAGAAAAUAGCAUUUGAGGAACGUAACAUUGAAGAAAUAUCUACAGAAGAAAACAUAAAAACAUUAAACACUAGACAACCUAAGGAAAAACAAGAACACAUACUUGAAGAUGAAACGACUAACAUAGAGAAAGUUGACACACCGUAUGUCACACUGAUUGCUACGGAUAUUUCUGACAGCAAUAUCGAAGUAGUUUCUGCCAGCCAAGUAACACAUAUCAUUUCUGAAAAGGCGGUCACAGACGUCACAGCAAAUCUUAAAAUUGAUACAAACUAUUCUAUAAUUGCUGACAUGCAGGAAGCACAAGAGAAAGAAACACCCUUACAAAUUAAAGAAAAUUCAAAAAUAACUAUAAAGCCAUCAUUAAGUGAAUUAGAGCCCUUACUUAUAACAGAAAUUGAAAUUAAUAGCUCAGUUGGUGACUAUCAAACUCAUAAAAGUGCUAUUGAAAACAAAGCACACAAAGGAAUCGUACCUGCUGAGUAUUUCGUUACAAGUGAAGUUCAACCUAACAUGUCCACAUCAGAUUUCAAAGAAGAAGACAAAAAACCAGAAAACGCAAAAAGAACUAUCAUUUUGAAAGAUGCGCUCAAUGUAUCGGAGGAAGUUGCGUCCGUAAAGGAGUCACACUUCCAUGAAUCUGCAACAAAAACAACAAAUGCAACUGUCACAUUUUCACCCUUAGUGGGAUUAAACGUUUUAGAAGUUAAUGAAGAAAUGAAAGAAAGCCCGGUUGAAGUCGGAAACUUAGAAAAAGCCGCGACUUCAAAACUAAAUUUCAAUUUGUUGGAAUCCCUGCAAGUUGGUGAAGUUUUUGUCGAGGAUAAAUCUGGUAAAUAUUAUCCAGAAUUGAUUGUACCCACUGAAACGGCACGUAAAGAUGUCCUAGUUUCUAAUCAGGUAGUAACUCAAGUACCAAACGUCCAGGAGAGUGAAGGUAUUUUAUCAGCGCUUAAAAUGCCUCCGGCACAGGAAGCAUAUGUUGACAUUGCUUCUAAAGACAGUUUAGUAAUAUCCGUUGAAGAACUUCAUGAAAAGGAGGGUGAGUUUUCAGCAAAAGAAAUGCCAGUUCAAGUUUCUGUAAACAAAGACAUACUGCUGCACAACGAAUUAAGUAACAUUGUCACAACAUCACACAUUAAAGAAUCAGAAUUCGAAACUGACUCUAUUCCUCAUAAAAAAGCAAAUGUAGGUAUAAAUGAAUUUCAGCAUCAAUUCAAUUUACUAACAAAUAUUCAUGACUCAGAAAAAUCCUUAGAAGAAGCACACCCAAUUCAUGGAACACACGCAGCAAUUGCAAUUUCAGCUUUGGAAAAGAAUUACGUCGAUGAGGUUCAAGUACACGAAAGUGAAAAAGACUUGAUUUUAAAAGACGACAGAUUAACAGCUACUGCUGACUUAGAUUUAAAAGCUCUUGAACCACUCAUCACUUCAGAAACAAUGCAAAUGACUUCAACUGGUGACAUUAAGUUAUUUGAAAAAGCUGCACAGGAAUCUGCUACGGAAACAGUUAUAACAGAGAAGGCAAAGAUUGUGAUGUAUCCCAUAGUACAUGACAAAGAAUCAGCUGAAGAGUUCAAAUCAAGAAAGACAGAAAAUGUUCUUUCGUCGCUUAUUCCAAAUAUACCAUUAACAGUUACAGAAACAGAGUCGUCUGAAUCGGAAAAUAAAUUAAACUUGCCUAAAAUACCCGAAACAAUGCAUGCACAAACAGCACCUUUAAAUCCUUUAAAAACCCCGUUAUCAGAAGAAGUUAAUACUGCUGAUCAAAUUGAGUUCUUGCCUCAUAAGCCAAAUGUAACUGAACUGGCUUCGGUUUCAAGGGACUUACAAAAAGAAAUAACAGUUCUACAAACGACUGUUGAAGAACAACUCCAGCAGCUUGAACAAAAUAAAACUUCACAGAGUACUGCCCAAGCGACCUUUACGGGUAAAGAAAGCUUAAACAUUACAGAAAUCGUAACUAGUGUUUCUGAACAAGAUUUUAAGCAAGAACUUUCAAAACCAAGUACAUUUGCUAAAGUUGAUAUAGAUAGCGACCGCAAAAUUGCAGUGGUUUUGGAAGUCGAUUCGCGGGAUUCUUUGGAUAAUCUUAAUACAUUUAAACCUACCUACGAAGAAGCACAAGUGGCAUCAAAUACAUUAAUUCCAUUACAAGUGUCGCAAAAUGAAUCUUUAGAUAGUCAGUCAUUACUGCCUCAUACUGCAAAGCCCGAUUUAAAAUUCUUAACUCCGGAGUUAAUACCAUCCGAGGAAAUGGUUAAAGUAACCGAGAUACUUCAACACGAAAAAGAAAGUGAUUACACUAAGACAUCAGAUCUCCUAACAUUCAACGCUGCAGCAUCAAUAUCAGGGCACCCUGUGGCUGUUUUAUCUGAAGUUACUGUUGACUCCAGUAUUGGUUUUACUGACGAAGGUGUUAUUGCUGAAAGGAAAAAAGCAAAUGUACACAAUAUUCCUUUCAAGGAACUUGUAGUAAGUACUACAAGUUGCAACGAGAAAGAAAGUACGUUUGAUUCAAAGCUUAAAUCAAAUACGGUAUUAGCAAGCCUGAAUAUUGAUUCAAACGAGGCUAUUUUAGUCGAAGAACGUAAAACUGAAAUGAUCCCCGAAAGCUUAGAAAGUGAAAAGCAAUUGCCAUUUGCUCAAGCAAAACCAGCGCAAAUACCAACAGAGGCUGUAUCACAACUUGAGCUCAUGGUUCAUUCUUCGGAAGAUAAAUUAGAGAAUUUAGAAACAAAACUAAUAAAGCCAAAUAUAUCAUUGUCUACUUUGCAAGUACCCCAAAAAGGUGAAAAUAUUAUAAUUGAGAAUGAAAACCUAUUAGGUUCAACCACAGUGCCAGACAAACAACAAGCAGAAUUGUCGAUUAUUCUUCAACAAAGCCUACAAACUUCAGAAGUUAUAUCGCAUUCUGAUAAUGUUGAAGGGACAAAUGAAAUAAAAAGAGAUUAUAAGAAAGCGUCACCGAAAAUAGAUGAAAUUUAUGGCAAAACUGCUCACACUGAAGAAGUUUUAACCAAUGAAAUGUCUGAAGACAUUAAAGACGAAACAGUCGUGUUACAAAAAUCUAGCAUUACCCCAAUUUCUAAAAAUACAUUUGAACAAACUGAGGUUAUUCUUGGUGAAAGUGAAAGUCUACUAAAGAAAGAAACUCCAAUCUCCUCAACAAUAAAUAGAAACAUUUUGGAAACAGAAGCUGUCAUAACUAGCUACACUGAAAUCAUUGAUAAAGAACAGGAUUUCAAUGUAGAAACAUCGAAACCAAAAGGUGACGCAACGAUUGGAUUUGUUCCAUUUAGCAGUUCUAUUGAUACUGAAGUCAUCGCGUCAAGUAACGUUGAAAGUUUCGAGGGAAAUACAGCAAAAACUACUCAAGCUUUAUUAUCAGAAGACAAAUUAAAGAAGCACAUAGAACGAAUUGAAACUUUGGUGAAUGAAAAGGAAACAAGUAUUCCUGAAAUACAAACUAGUGAGCGCAAAGCAACUCAAAAAGUUAUUGAAGUCGCAGCUAAAGAAGUAACAGAAGUACAAACUAUAGAAAGGGAAGACAAUUUAAAUGAUUUGCCAGAACCUUUCUCAACUACUGCUCAGUCAUCGGUAAGCGAAAAGCUAUCUAUUCAGAACACAGAAGUGCUUGUAAGCCAAGAUGUUGAAGAUAUGCCUUCGCUUAAAACAAUACCUACUACUGCCAUGACAACACACGGCACGCAAGUAGCACUUGAAAAAUCAGUGGCAUUUAUUGGAGAAGUGGAAGAUAUCUAUGAAAAAAACAAACUUACGGUUCAUAAGCCUACAGGUUCCAUUGAAGAGCAGAAGUCAGUAGAUGUUACUGAGAUUUACGUUACUGAAUCGGAAAAAACAUUGGACUCGGCGCCAUCAAUUAGAGGUGAAACUGUUAGUUUAAGUUUCCAAGGUAAGCAAUAUGUUAACGUUACUCAAGUUACGUCAUCAGAGAGGGAAGAAACUUUUAAGGAAACUUUGCCUGAGGUGAAAACAAUUCAACCUUCCGUCGAUACUCCACUGUUAGCCAGUGUAUGUGUUGAUGAAACUGUUGUUAGUGAAAAAGAAGAAUCAUUAAUAAAGAGUAAAUUACCGGAGUCCUACAAAAACAAUGUAAGUCUAACAACGCAUCAACAUAUAAAUGUAGAAAUCUUACAAACAUCGGAAUUUGAAGAUAUUUUAGAAUCAGAGGAAAGUAGAAAAAAAGAAAUAAGUGAUAUAACAGUAGAAGCAAUAAAACCACUUUUUGUGCAAGAAACAGAAACUGAAGAGAGGCCAACCGAAUUAAAACAAACUGAUAAGCAUAAAGAAUCGGUUCCCCAAGUCAAUUUAGAAGUAGGACAACAUCUUACAGUCACCCAAGUGGAAACAACGGAGAAAGAAUAUGUGUUGGAUACUCAACCAUUGGAAUCACUUAAACAAACUGAACAAGUUAUUGUUCCAAAUAUUCCGAUACAAGUAGAAGAAGUAAGUCCGAAAGAUUCCGAGGAAUUGCUUACGACAGAAAAAGUACCAUCCAAAGAAGUUUCACAAGUUGUGCUUGAGCCUAAACAUCACAUUACCAUUAUGGAUACAGAAGUUAGAGAGAAAGAGAAAGAUAUGCCUUCUGGCAAUGUGUUGAUGAGUGAAAAACCAAAAAUUGAUAUGAGUCCUGUAAACCAUUUAACUACAAUAGAAACUGUUAUAAUGGAAGAAUUUGAGUCUAUGAAAGAAAAGAUUACUAGAGAUGAAAAAGCGACAACAAAGCAAGAAACGCUAAAAGAACUUAUUAGCAUGCAACCUCAAACCGUAGAAACCUCAAAAGAUUUUGAAAACCGACAAGAAACAUAUAAAACUGCAGAAACACAUAUAACAAAAAUGGAAUCUGUUCAACAAUUGGAAAUAGUAGCAGAAGAAAAACCUGAAUCAUUUGAGAAAUCAACUAAACAAAAGCCCGAAAUAGCUGAUGAAAGUCAGUUCAUAAAUCAGGAAGUUUCUAACAUUAAACCUGAAAUUAUAGAAAAUCUCAAAGACUUGCCUGAUUUCACUAAGCCAGAAUUGAAUAAGGCUAGUUUUGAUGUGGAAACUUUAAAAGCCUUUACCAUUUCUGAAAAUAUUAUUCAAGAAGCGCCUCAGGACAUUACUUUAAAUAAAGAUUCAACAAAAGAAGUAACACAGCAAUUACUUGAAAUGAAGCCUAUUGAGCAAACUGAAACAAUUACAAACGAAAAUGUGACAUUGUUAAAACCCGAAGAUCGCGAUGAAGUAAAUAUUCAAGGUAAACAUAUUGAAAUACGUCCUAUUAGUCAAAGUUCUAUAAUUAUUCACGAGAGUGAAGUUAACAUGGACUUAACUAAACCGACAUCUAUGGAAAAAGCAUCUAUUACUUUAAAUACAACGGAAGGCAUUACAGUUAAUGAAAUCACACAAGAAGAUUCACCACACACUUUCAAAUCUGAUGAAUUAAAACCUGUAACAGCUGAAAAGUCUGUAACUACUUUAACACAUGUACAAUGCACGGAAAACGUUACAGAAACUCAAGUAAAAGAAUUGACAACACCUAAAACACAUACUGAGACCACAAAAAUUAUUUCAACUAGUGUAACACCACUAAUAAUUACAGACAAUGAGAUUCUUCAACAUGAAAGUGAAUUAAGUAUAUCAGAACCAGUAUCACAAAAAACAAGAAAAAGUCUUACAAUCGCCAACGAGGUGAAAAUAACGUCUGAAUUCGUGAACGAGCAAACAGUACCAUAUACGGAAAAGAAACCCGUUACAAUGGAAAGCAAAGUGAGCACGGCCGAUGAGGACCUUCAUGAAAUUUCGAUUACAGAACAAGAGACAGAGUUUACUGAACUAAGUCACACUUCACCAAAAUCAUCUGAUAUUGAAGAAAGUGAAGAAAUAGUAACAAAAUUUGUACAAGCACCAGGAAAUGCUGAACCAAUACAAAUAAAAACAAAACGAACAAUAAUCAGAAAAAAGAAAAGGACACAACAUGACGAAAAUGAAGGUGAUAUAGUAAUUGAAGAAACUUUAGAGGAUGAAGAACCAAGUAAAUCAAACAAAGAUGUAGGCCAUGAUUUAAAUAUUGAAGAAUAUGAAGGAGAUGAUACUUCUGAAACUAAUAUCAAUGAAAAAAGCACUAUAGAAAUGCCUGAUGAAUUUUUACAUAUACCUAAAAUGCAAAAUCAAGUUCAAAUCGAAGAGCUUCACGAUAUAGACGAAACUGUAAAUUUGGAAUUCAAAAACAAAAAAGAAAGUAAGAAAACGAUAAGAUCUAAGACAAAAGUUACGGUUACCGAGGAUAAAUUCACGCCACUUAAUGAUACGCAAGAAGUCACCGAGGAAACUAGACCUGUUGAAAUUGUCGAGCUCCCAGAAGAUUUGACUGUACUAGAGACGAAGUCUCCAGACGGUAAGCCUAAACAGAAGAAGAUCAUCAAACGAGUCAUCAAAAAGAAGGUUGGUCCAAAGGUCGAAACCACAGAAAUCGUCACUGAACAAGAAGACGAUCAACAACCGGUCGUCUCUGUUUACAAAUCAGAAGAGCUGACAGACGACACUUUCACUCCUUUGAAAGACUUACAAGAGCCUGACAAGGCCCAAGUCAUCGAGGAAUCUCCAGAAACAGUGCAACUCACACAAGUUCGAUCCGAAACUGGAGAUGUUAAAAUCGUUAAGACAACCAAGCGUGUCAUCAAGAAGAAGAAAGGACCGAAACAAGAAGUCACCGAGAUCACAACGAUCGAAAAAGAUGACGAGGCUCCCAUAACCACGGUCACUGUAACCGAGGACAAGGCCCCUGAAGACGUCGAAGAGCAGAAGCCUGUGGAAACCAUCGAGUUGCCCGAAGAAACAACAGUAGAGGAGUCUGUCACCCCGGACGGUAAGAAAACACACAAAAAAAUCACAAAACGCAUUAUCAAAAAGAAAGUAGGUCCAAAACUUGAAACAACGCAAAUCACAACGGAACAAUCAGACGACUCAACACCGAUCACGACAGUACACAAAACAGAAGAACUCAUCGAUGACACCACUACACCUCUCGAAUACUCUCAACCUACAGACUAUGCCAAAGUCGUCGAAGAAACUCCGGAAACCGUUCAAAUCUCACAAGUCCGCACUGAAACAGGUGACGUGAAGACGGUCAAGACCACAAAGCGGGUAAUAAAGAAGAAAAAAGGCAAAAAGGACGAGGUCACUGAAAUCACCACCAUCCAGAAAGAUGACGAAGCACCCAUAACAACAGUGACAGUAACUGAGGACAUUCCGGAGCACGAGGAAGACAUGCAGCCCGUCGAGAUUGUCGAACUUCCCGAGGAGACCACAGUCGAGGAGACAAAGUCUCCAGAUGGUAAGCCAAAACAGAAAAAGGUGACUAAACGAGUCAUCAAGAAGAAGGUCGGUCCAAAGGUCGAAACCACAGAAAUCGUCACAGAACAAGAAGAUGAUCAACAACCCGUCGUCUCUGUUUACAAAUCAGAAGAGCUGACGGACGACACUGUCACUCCUUUGAAAGACUUGCAAGAGCCUGACAAGGCCCAAGUCAUCGAAGAAACACCAGAAACUGUACAAGUCACACAAGUUCAAACCGAAACUGGAGAUGUAAAAACCGUCAAAACAACCAAGCGUGUCAUCAAGAAGAAGAAAGGACCGAAACAAGAAGUCACCGAGAUCACAACGAUCGAAAAAGAUGACGAGGCUCCCAUAACCACGGUCACUGUAACCGAGGACAAGGCCCCUGAAGACGUCGAAGAGCAGAAGCCUGUGGAAACCAUCGAGUUGCCCGAAGAAACAACAGUAGAGGAGUCUGUCACCCCGGACGGUAAGAAAACACACAAAAAAAUCACAAAACGCAUUAUCAAAAAGAAAGUAGGUCCAAAACUUGAAACAACGCAAAUCACAACGGAACAAUCAGACGACUCAACACCGAUCACGACAGUACACAAAACAGAAGAACUCAUCGAUGACACCACUACACCUCUCGAAUACUCUCAACCUACAGACUAUGCCAAAGUCGUCGAAGAAACUCCGGAAACCGUUCAAAUCUCACAAGUCCGCACUGAAACAGGUGACGUGAAGACGGUCAAGACCACAAAGCGGGUAAUUAAGAAGAAAAAAGGCAAAAAGGACGAGGUCACUGAAAUCACCACCAUCCAGAAAGAUGACGAAGCACCCAUAACAACAGUGACAGUAACCGAGGACACUCCGGUGCACGAGGAAGACACGCAGCAAGUCGAAAUCGUCGAACUUCCCGAGGAAACCACAGUUGAGGAGACAAAGUCUCCAGAUGGUAAGCCAAAACAGAAAAAGGUGACUAAACGAGUCAUCAAAAAGAAGGUCGGUCCAAAGGUCGAAACCACAGAAAUUGUCACUGAACAAGAAGACGAUCACCAACCGGUUGUCUCUGUUUACAAAUCAGAAGAGCUGACGGACGACACUGUCACUCCUUUGAAAGACUUGAAAGAGCCUGACACGGCCCAAGUCAUCGAAGAAACACCAGAAACUGUACAAGUCACACAAGUUCAAACCGAAACUGGAGAUGUAAAAACCGUCAAAACAACCAAGCGUGUCAUCAAGAAGAAGAAAGGACCGAAACAAGAAGUCACCGAGAUCACAACGAUCGAAAAAGAUGACGAGGCUCCCAUAACCACGGUCACUGUAACCGAGGACAAGGCCCCUGAAGACGUCGAAGAGCAGAAGCCUGUGGAAACCUUUGAGUUGCCCGAAGAAACAACAGUAGAGGAGUCUGUCACCCCGGACGGUGAUGUGGAGACUGUCAAGACGACAAAGCGGGUAAUAAAGAAGAAAAAGGGGCCUAAAGAGGAGGUCACUGAAAUAACCACGAUCCAAAAAGAUGAUGAAGCUCCUAUCACAACAGUCACAGUAACUGAAGACACUCCGGAACACGUGGAAGACUUGCAACCCAUUGAGAUUGUCGAGCUUCCCCAGGAGACCACAGUCGAGGAGACAAAGUCUCCCGAUGGUAAGCCCAAACAGAAAAAGGUGACCAAACGAGUCAUCAAAAAGAAGGUCGGUCCAAAGGUCGAAACCACAGAAAUCGUCACAGAACAAGAAGACGAUCAACAACCGGUCGUCUCUGUUUACAAAUCAGAAGAGCUGACGGAUGACACUUUCACUCCUUUGAAAGACUUGCAAGAGCCGGACAAAGCCCAAGUCAUCGAGGAAACUCCAGAAACUGUACAAGUCACACAAGUUCGAUCCGAAACUGGAGAUGUGAAAACCGUCAAGACAACCAAGCGUGUCAUCAAGAAGAAGAAAGGACCGAAACAAGAGGUUACCGAGAUCACAACGAUCGAAAAAGACGAUGAAGCACCUAUCACUACAGUGACUGUCACCGAAAAACAAGCACCCCAGGAGGCUGAAGACCACCAACCAGUUGAAAUCGUCGAGCUUCCUGAAGAGACCACUUUCGAGGAUUCCGUAGGGCCAGACGGUAAGAAAACACACACCAAAAUUAUUAGACGUACUAUUAAAAAGAAAGUAGGACCAAAGGUGAAAACUACACACAUAACAUCCGAACACACAGACGACACUUUACCCAUUAUCACUGUACACAAUACAGAAGAACUCGCAUACGACACUGCCACACCACUCACACAUUUACACGAUACACACAAUGCUGACGUAGUCGAGGAACUUCCCGAGACAGUCAAAGUAACACAAGUUCGUACACUAUCAGGUGAUGUGGAGACUGUCAAGACGACAAAGCGGGUAAUAAAGAAGAAAAAGGGGCCUAAAGAGGAGGUCACUGAAAUAACCACGAUCCAAAAAGAUUAUGAAGCUCCUAUCACAACAGUCACAGUAACUGAAGACACUCCGGAGCACGUGGAAGACUUGCAACCCAUUGAGAUUGUCGAGCUUCCCCAGGAGACCACAGUCGAGGAGACAAAGUCUCCCGAUGGUAAGCCCAAACAGAAAAAGGUGACCAAACGAGUCAUCAAAAAGAAGGUCGGUCCAAAGGUCGAAACCACAGAAAUCGUCACAGAACAAGAAGACGAUCAACAACCGGUCGUCUCUGUUUACAAAUCAGAAGAGCUGACGGACGACACUGUCACUCCUUUGAAAGACUUGCAAGAGCCGGACAAAGCCCAAGUCAUCGAGGAAACUCCAGAAACUGUACAAGUCACACAAGUUCGAUCCGAAACUGGAGAUGUGAAAACCGUCAAGACAACCAAGCGUGUCAUCAAGAAGAAGAAAGGACCGAAACAAGAGGUUACCGAGAUCACAACGAUCGAAAAAGACGAUGAAGCACCUAUCACUACAGUGACUGUCACCGAAAAACAAGCACCCCAGGAGGCUGAAGACCACCAACCAGUUGAAAUCGUCGAGCUUCCUGAAGAGACCACUUUCGAGGAUUCCGUAGGGCCAGACGGUGAUGUGGAGACUGUCAAGACCACAAAGCGGGUAAUAAAGAAGAAAAAGGGGCCUAAAGAGGAGGUCACUGAAAUAACCACGAUCCAAAAAGAUGAUGAAGCUCCUAUCACAACAGUCACAGUAACUGAAGACACUCCGGAACACGUGGAAGACUUGCAACCCAUUGAGAUUGUCGAGCUUCCCCAGGAGACCACAGUCGAGGAGACAAAGUCUCCCGAUGGUAAGCCCAAACAGAAAAAGGUGACCAAACGAGUCAUCAAAAAGAAGGUCGGUCCAAAGGUCGAAACCACAGAAAUCGUCACAGAACAAGAAGACGAUCAACAACCGGUCGUCUCUGUUUACAAAUCAGAAGAGCUGACGGACGACACUUUCACUCCUUUGAAAGACUUGCAAGAGCCGGACAAGGCCCAAGUCAUCGAGGAAACUCCAGAAACUGUACAAGUCACACAAGUUCGAUCCGAAACUGGAGAUGUGAAAACCGUCAAGACAACCAAGCGUGUCAUCAAGAAGAAGAAAGGACCGAAACAAGAGGUUACCGAGAUCACAACGAUCGAAAAAGACGAUGAAGCACCUAUCACUACAGUGACUGUCACCGAAAAACAAGCACCCCAGGAGGCUCAAGACCAGCAACCAGUGGAAAUCGUCGAGCUUCCUGAAGAGACCACUUUCGAGGAUUCCGUAGGGCCAGACGGUAAGAAAACACACACCAAAAUUAUUAGACGUACUAUUAAAAAGAAAGUAGGACCAAAGGUGAAAACUACACACAUAACAUCCGAACACACAGACGACACUUUACCCAUUAUCACUGUACACAAUACAGAAGAACUCACAUACGACACUGCCACACCACUCACACAUUUACACGAUACACACAAUGCUGACGUAGUCGAGGAACUUCCCGAGACAGUCAAAGUAACACAAGUUCGUACACUAUCAGGUGAUGUGGAGACUGUCAAGACCACAAAGCGGGUAAUAAAGAAGAAAAAGGGGCCUAAAGAGGAGGUCACUGAAAUAACCACGAUCCAAAAAGAUGAUGAAGCUCCUAUCACAACAGUCACAGUAACUGAAGACACUCCGGAACACGUGGAAGACUUGCAACCCAUUGAGAUUGUCGAGCUUCCCCAGGAGACCACAGUCGAGGAGACAAAGUCUCCCGAUGGUAAGCCCAAACAGAAAAAGGUGACCAAACGAGUCGUCAAAAAGAAGGUCGGUCCAAAGGUCGAAACCACAGAAAUCGUCACAGAACAAGAAGACGAUCAACAACCGGUCGUCUCUGUUUACAAAUCAGAAGAGCUGACGGACGACACUGUCACUCCUUUGAAAGACUUGCAAGAGCCGGACAAGGCCCAAGUCAUCGAGGAAACUCCAGAAACAGUGCAAGUCACACAAGUUCGAUCCGAAACUGGAGAUGUAAAAACCGUCAAGACAACCAAGCGUGUCAUCAAGAAGAAGAAAGGACCGAAACAAGAGGUUACCGAGAUCACAACGAUCGAAAAAGACGAUGAAGCACCUAUCACUACAGUGACUGUCACCGAAAAACAAGCACCCCAGGAGGCUCAAGACCAGCAACCAGUGGAAAUCGUCGAGCUUCCUGAAGAGACCACUUUCGAGGAUUCCGUAGGGCCAGACGGUAAGAAAACACACACCAAAAUUAUUAGACGUACUAUUAAAAAGAAAGUAGGACCAAAGGUGAAAACUACACACAUAACAUCCGAACACACAGACGACACUUUACCCAUUAUCACUGUACACAAUACAGAAGAACUCGCAUACGACACUGCCACACCACUCACACAUUUACACGAUACACACAAUGCUGACGUAGUCGAGGAACUUCCCGAGACAGUCAAAGUAACACAAGUUCGUACACUAUCAGGUGAUGUGGAGACUGUCAAGACGACAAAGCGGGUAAUAAAGAAGAAAAAGGGGCCUAAAGAGGAGGUCACUGAAAUAACCACGAUCCAAAAAGAUUAUGAAGCUCCUAUCACAACAGUCACAGUAACUGAAGACACUCCGGAGCACGUGGAAGACUUGCAACCCAUUGAGAUUGUCGAGCUUCCCCAGGAGACCACAGUCGAGGAGACAAAGUCUCCCGAUGGUAAGCCCAAACAGAAAAAGGUGACCAAACGAGUCAUCAAAAAGAAGGUCGGUCCAAAGGUCGAAACCACAGAAAUCGUCACAGAACAAGAAGACGAUCAACAACCGGUCGUCUCUGUUUACAAAUCAGAAGAGCUGACGGACGACACUGUCACUCCUUUGAAAGACUUGCAAGAGCCGGACAAAGCCCAAGUCAUCGAGGAAACUCCAGAAACUGUACAAGUCACACAAGUUCGAUCCGAAACUGGAGAUGUGAAAACCGUCAAGACAACCAAGCGUGUCAUCAAGAAGAAGAAAGGACCGAAACAAGAGGUUACCGAGAUCACAACGAUCGAAAAAGACGAUGAAGCACCUAUCACUACAGUGACUGUCACCGAAAAACAAGCACCCCAGGAGGCUGAAGACCACCAACCAGUUGAAAUCGUCGAGCUUCCUGAAGAGACCACUUUCGAGGAUUCCGUAGGGCCAGACGGUAAGAAAACACACACCAAAAUUAUUAGACGUACUAUUAAAAAGAAAGUAGGACCAAAGGUGAAAACUACACACAUAACAUCCGAACACACAGACGACACUUUACCCAUUAUCACUGUACACAAUACAGAAGAACUCACAUACGACACUGCCACACCACUCACACAUUUACACGAUACACACAAUGCUGACGUAGUCGAGGAACUUCCCGAGACAGUCAAAGUAACACAAGUUCGUACACUAUCAGGUGAUGUGGAGACUGUCAAGACCACAAAGCGGGUAAUAAAGAAGAAAAAGGGGCCUAAAGAGGAGGUCACUGAAAUAACCACGAUCCAAAAAGAUGAUGAAGCUCCUAUCACAACAGUCACAGUAACUGAAGACACUCCGGAACACGUGGAAGACUUGCAACCCAUUGAGAUUUUCGAGCUUCCCCAGGAGACCACAGUCGAGGAGACAAAGUCUCCCGAUGGUAAGCCCAAACAGAAAAAGGUGACCAAACGAGUCAUCAAAAAGAAGGUCGGUCCAAAGGUCGAAACCACAGAAAUCGUCACAGAACAAGAAGACGAUCAACAACCGGUCGUCUCUGUUUACAAAUCAGAAGAGCUGACGGACGACACUGUCACUCCUUUGAAAGACUUGCAAGAGCCGGACAAGGCCCAAGUCAUCGAGGAAACUCCAGAAACUGUACAAGUCACACAAGUUCGAUCCGAAACUGGAGAUGUGAAAACCGUCAAGACAACCAAGCGUGUCAUCAAGAAGAAGAAAGGACCGAAACAAGAGGUUACCGAGAUCACAACGAUCGAAAAAGACGAUGAAGCACCUAUCACUACAGUGACUGUCACCGAAAAACAAGCACCCCAGGAGGCUGAAGACCACCAACCAGUUGAAAUCGUCGAGCUUCCUGAAGAGACCACUUUCGAGGAUUCCGUAGGGCCAGACGGUAAGAAAACACACACCAAAAUUAUUACACGUACUAUUAAAAAGAAAGUAGGACCAAAGGUGAAAACUACACACAUAACAUCCGAACACACAGACGACACUUUACCCAUUAUCACUGUACACAAUACAGAAGAACUCACAUACGACACUGCCACACCACUCACACAUUUACACGAUACACACAAUGCUGACGUAGUCGAGGAACUUCCCGAGACAGUCAAAGUAACACAAGUUCGUACACUAUCAGGUGAUGUGGAGACUGUCAAGACCACAAAGCGGGUAAUAAAGAAGAAAAAGGGGCCUAAAGAGGAGGUCACUGAAAUAACCACGAUCCAAAAAGAUGAUGAAGCUCCUAUCACAACAGUCACAGUAACUGAAGACACUCCGGAACACGUGGAAGACUUGCAACCCAUUGAGAUUGUCGAGCUUCCCCAGGAGACCACAGUCGAGGAGACAAAGUCUCCCGAUGGUAAGCCCAAACAGAAAAAGGUGACCAAACGAGUCAUCAAAAAGAAGGUCGGUCCAAAGGUCGAAACCACAGAAAUCGUCACAGAACAAGAAGACGAUCAACAACCGGUCGUCUCUGUUUACAAAUCAGAAGAGCUGACGGACGACACUGUCACUCCUUUGAAAGACUUGCAAGAGCCGGACAAGGCCCAAGUCAUCGAGGAAACUCCAGAAACUGUACAAGUCACACAAGUUCGAUCCGAAACUGGAGAUGUGAAAACCGUCAAGACAACCAAGCGUGUCAUCAAGAAGAAGAAAGGACCGAAACAAGAGGUUACCGAGAUCACAACGAUCGAAAAAGACGAUGAAGCACCUAUCACUACAGUGACUGUCACCGAAAAACAAGCACCCCAGGAGGCUGAAGACCACCAACCAGUUGAAAUCGUCGAGCUUCCUGAAGAGACCACUUUCGAGGAUUCCGUAGGGCCAGACGGUAAGAAAACACACACCAAAAUUAUUAGACGUACUAUUAAAAAGAAAGUAGGACCAAAGGUGAAAACUACACACAUAACAUCCGAACACACAGACGACACUUUACCCAUUAUCACUGUACACAAUACAGAAGAACUCACAUACGACACUGCCACACCACUCACACAUUUACACGAUACACACAAUGCUGACGUAGUCGAGGAACUUCCCGAGACAGUCAAAGUAACACAAGUUCGUACACUAUCAGGUGAUGUGGAGACUGUCAAGACCACAAAGCGGGUAAUAAAGAAGAAAAAGGGGCCUAAAGAGGAGGUCACUGAAAUAACCACGAUCCAAAAAGAUGAUGAAGCUCCUAUCACAACAGUCACAGUAACUGAAGACACUCCGGAACACGUGGAAGACUUGCAACCCAUUGAGAUUGUCGAGCUUCCCCAGGAGACCACAGUCGAGGAGACAAAGUCUCCCGAUGGUAAGCCCAAACAGAAAAAGGUGACCAAACGAGUCAUCAAAAAGAAGGUCGGUCCAAAGGUCGAAACCACAGAAAUCGUCACAGAACAAGAAGACGAUCAACAACCGGUCGUCUCUGUUUACAAAUCAGAAGAGCUGACGGACGACACUGUCACUCCUUUGAAAGACUUGCAAGAGCCGGACAAGGCCCAAGUCAUCGAGGAAACUCCAGAAACUGUACAAGUCACACAAGUUCGAUCCGAAACUGGAGAUGUGAAAACCGUCAAGACAACCAAGCGUGUCAUCAAGAAGAAGAAAGGACCGAAACAAGAGGUUACCGAGAUCACAACGAUCGAAAAAGACGAUGAAGCACCUAUCACUACAGUGACUGUCACCGAAAAACAAGCACCCCAGGAGGCUGAAGACCACCAACCAGUUGAAAUCGUCGAGCUUCCUGAAGAGACCACUUUCGAGGAUUCCGUAGGGCCAGACGGUGAUGUGGAGACUGUCAAGACCACAAAGCGGGUAAUAAAGAAGAAAAAGGGGCCUAAAGAGGAGGUCACUGAAAUAACCACGAUCCAAAAAGAUGAUGAAGCUCCUAUCACAACAGUCACAGUAACUGAAGACACUCCGGAACACGUGGAAGACUUGCAACCCAUUGAGAUUGUCGAGCUUCCCCAGGAGACCACAGUCGAGGAGACAAAGUCUCCCGAUGGUAAGCCCAAACAGAAAAAGGUGACCAAACGAGUCAUCAAAAAGAAGGUCGGUCCAAAGGUCGAAACCACAGAAAUCGUCACAGAACAAGAAGACGAUCAACAACCGGUCGUCUCUGUUUACAAAUCAGAAGAGCUGACGGACGACACUGUCACUCCUUUGAAAGACUUGCAAGAGCCGGACAAGGCCCAAGUCAUCGAGGAAACUCCAGAAACUGUACAAGUCACACAAGUUCGAUCCGAAACUGGAGAUGUGAAAACCGUCAAGACAACCAAGCGUGUCAUCAAGAAGAAGAAAGGACCGAAACAAGAGGUUACCGAGAUCACAACGAUCGAAAAAGACGAUGAAGCACCUAUCACUACAGUGACUGUCACCGAAAAACAAGCACCCCAGGAGGCUGAAGACCACCAACCAGUUGAAAUCGUCGAGCUUCCUGAAGAGACCACUUUCGAGGAUUCCGUAGGGCCAGACGAGAAAGAAAUUGCUCACAAAAAGUUACACAGACCGAAGGCUCAACCCAAAGAAGAAGAGGUACCCAAAAGUCUCCCAACUAAAGAAGAAGAAACUGUUGUUCCAAAAUUAACAAAAAAAUUAAAACCUACUCCGAUGAAAAUUGAAGAAAUUAAAAUGACGGAAGCUCAACAUGCCCAAGAAAUUCAGGGUCCUCAAUUUACUAAACUCAAAUUAAAGAAACCUACUCAAAAACCUAAACAAGAAGUACAAACUGUUAUUUUGCCUAAAAUACAACUCAAAAGUCGUAUAAGGUAUGUAACUGAAUGGCCGCCCGAAGAACUAAGACCUUUGAUUUCAUUUUUGGGUAGUGUCAAACAAAAUGGUGAAUUAUCACGUAAUAUUAAAGAAGCAGCAAAAUUGAAAAAGAAACCGAUUAAAGUCGUGCAACUACCAGACUUAGAGAGAGUUGAGCUAGAAAAACCUGAAGUAUUCGAUUUCGAUACAAGCAAGCCGCUAACUUCCGAAACAGAAAGAUCUAUUCAAAACGCAGAUACAGAAAGUGAUGAAAUUGCCAACGUUGUGAUCAAAAAAGUUAAAAAUGUUCCUGAGAUAUCAGAUAUCGAAUUAAUUGAUGAAACCAAAACAGAAGCCAACGAGAUGAAAGCCAUUGAAUCACCUGUAGAAAAGAAAGAAAAGCAAAAAGAACCAGAAACAAUAGAACCUGUUCUUCAAGAGCAAAUAACUGAAAAACCAACCGAAAAGGUUGAACAACCUAUCGAAACGGAAAAUACAAUCAAACCUAAAAAGAAAAAGGUAACAAAACGCCCAGUAGAACCUGAAAAGCAGGAUGAAUUGCCAAAAGAGGAACCACAAAUCCUGACCGAGGAACACGUAGAGGAAACUGAACACGUAGAGGCUGAAGAAAUUGAUAGCCAGCCUAAAGAAGAAAGUAUUCCCGAACAAAUUGAACCAAUUGUUUCAGAAAAGAAGGUCAAAAAACCAAAGAAGAAAGAAAAGCCUCUCAUUUCGAAAAGCGAAUCUAAAGAAAGUCCUGAAAAGGAAUUAGUUGAGAAAGAAGAUAUAGUUGAUGAUACGGUAAAAGAACAAGUAAGUCCAGAUGCAGAAACAAUUGUUACGUCUCCUAUAGUUACUGAGGUUCCAAAGAAAGAUAAAAAGCCUAAAACUAAAAAAGUAAAAGCAGUUGAAGAUACUAUACCAAAACGUGAAGAAGAAAUCCCAGAAAAAGAAUCUGUUAAAGAAGAAAUUCCAGAAAAAGAAUCUGCUGAAGAACAAAGAUCCGUUGAAAAACCGGUCACAAAACAAAAACCAAAGUUAACAGCUAUUAAAAUCGAAAGGAAAGAAGUUGAAAUAAGUAAACCUCAACACGCUGAAAGUAUUGAAGGGCCUCAAUUCACAAAACUUAAAUUGAAAAAAGCUACUACAAAACCAAAACAAGAUACUUCUAUUGUCACUUUACCGAAAUUCCAACUUAAAAGUCGAGUCAAAUACGUAAACGACUGGCCUCCGGAAAUAAUUAAACCCGUUGUCUCAUUUCUAGGAAGUGUGCGACAAAAUGGAAUACUGUCUCGUAACGUUAAAGAGGCCGAAAAAGUUAAGAAAAAAGUUUACAAGCAACCAAAACUACCUGAAAUUGAAAAAACGGAAUUGGAAAAACCCAUGUUUGGAUACGAUGACAUAAUAGAUGCCAAGAAUGUUGAACCUAUCGAAACCGACACUCCUUUAGAGAUUGAGCAAGAAACAGAGAGUACAGUAGAUGAACCAGAGCAAUUUACUAUUAAACCAAAACGACCAAGUAUCAAGAAAAUGGAAGAAAUUGAAGAUGAAGUUACAAUUAAAAAGAAAUUAAGAACAGUACGUAAACCAUCAGUAACAUUACCGGAAAUAACUGAACCAGAAACUGUAACCUUCAGACCAAAAACAACCAAAACAAAAGAAGAUGUAGAACAGGAAUUUAAUAUUCAGUUAGAUUCAUAUGCGGAAGAAGAAAUUUCACUGACUAGUAAAGUGAAACUUAAGCCACACCGACAACCAACCUUUAACGAGGAAGCUAACGAAGCAUCCAUCAAAUUUUAUGAAGAUACUGAAGACAAUGAAGGUCCUGAUGUUAUUGAAAUUUUGGAAAGCGAUGAUGACGAGCAGGAGAAAGCCUCUGAUGUAAUGUUACCUCUAAAAAAGAAAACAAAAGCCAAAAAAGAAACUUUGGAAGAAAUUUCUUCAUCUAUAACAGUAUCAAAACCAAAACGAGAACUGGAACCAGAAAUUUCUCAAGAUGUUAGCAUUCAAUUAGAAAGAAAACCAAAGUACAAGGUAGAUGAGCAGGAAGAAGUUUCUUUCGACGUUAAACCGCAAAUAGAACAGUAUUCGCAAGAAGAAUUAUCACUUUCGAGUAAAAUCAAAUUAAAACCUAAAAAGAAAACCAUUGUAUCAGAAGCCGCAGAUGAAACCUCUAUUCAACUAAUUCAAGAAGUGGAAGAUGAUAGUCAAGCUGAAGAAAUUCUAUUAAGUGAUGUUGAAACGGAAGAAAAUGUGGAAAUGUUUAUCAAACGUAAACCGAAAAAGCCAGUUUACGAAGUGAGUGAAGUUGAGGAGUUAAGCGUUGAAUUGAAACCUAAAAGAAUUACUACUGAAGAUGCGUAUGAAGAAGAACAAUUAACAAUUUCAGCUAAAAGGAAACCUAGAAAACCCUCAACAUUACAAGAAGCUGAUGCAUCAAUGAGUAUUUCCAGAGAGCAGGAAUUCCCCGAAACCCCGGUUGAUGUACGCGGCGGUGACACGGUAUUUGCUGUGUAUUCCUACGUUGCAGAGACUGAUGAGGCCAUCAACUUAGUGGAAGGCGAACGACUCUACAUCUUAGAAACAACAAAUCAGGAUUGGUGGUAUGUGCGUAAGCACCUUACAGAAGAAAAGGGCUGGGUUCCUGCCCAAUACUUAAUGGAUGAAGCUAACUACACUCUGUACUUGCAGAAGAAACUUAACGAGAAAAUUGAUAAGCUUCCAGUAUUUGAGAAACCAACGCCUGAGGAACAAGCGAGUGCCCCAAUAUUCAUAGAAAAGCUACGACCAAAACACACACCUGAUGGAUCCACCGUACAAUUUGAAUGCCAAGUAGAAGGAUAUCCAAGACCACAGAUAACUUGGUUCAGACAAACCGCUAUUAUAAAACCGUCUCAGGAUUUCCAAAUGUAUUACGAUGACGAUAAUGUUGCAACAUUAGUCAUUAGAGAAGUAUUUCCUGAGGAUGCGGGUACUUUUACAUGUGUAGCUAAAAACGCCGCUGGAUUCGCCUCGAGUACUACGGAAUUAAUUGUUGAAGCUCCGUUAUCCGAUCACGGAUCAGAAAUGACCAUUCUUUCCAGAAAGAGUCUUUCAAGGGAAUCUUCGCUUGCCGACAUUUUAGAGGGUAUACCACCAACAUUUUCCAAGAGGCCUAAAGCUCAAUACGUUAACGAAGGUUCUCAAAUAUUUUUGGAAUGUAGACUAGUAGCAAUUCCGGAACCUGACAUAGCGUGGUUCUUUAAAGGUGAAGAAAUUACUCCAACUGAGAAUAUAUCCAUCGCUACCGAGUCCGACAUGCAUAUGUACUGUAGUGUGUUGAAAAUAUCUGAUGUGAAGAAAUUCCAAGAGGGAACAUACACGGUGCUCGCUGUUAAUAGAGAAGGCGAAGCCAGUUUACCUAUAGUAUUAAAAAUUAAAACCGGAGAAAAAGAGAAACCUCAAGUUAUAGAACCUCUCAGAAGCAUGACCAUUAGAGAAGGAGAAAGUGUCGUUUUGUCUACGCAAGUGGUUGGCAAUCCACAACCUACGGUAACUUGGCACAAAAACAAUAAACCAGUUAAAUCACUUACUACUAAGUCUGACGGAGAUACUCACACUAUCACUAUAAUAAAACCUAAAAAAGGAAAAGAUGAUGGAGUAUACACAUUGAAAGCAGUUAACUCAGAGGGUUCUACAGAAACUAGCGCUGUUAUAACGAUAGAAGAACCUACAGAAGAGAAUGCCGAGCCACCACUAUUUAUUAACAGAUUCCAGGAGUUGACUGUUAAAGAAAAUGGAACAAUCAAAUUAGUAGCCAAAGUUACGGGCAAUCCGGUACCCUCUAUCACUUGGUAUAGAAACAAUAAUAUUAUCACUCCAUCUGAUAACGUCACACAAAACUUUGAUGGUGAAAAUAUAGAGUUAAUUAUAUCUAAGGUAGAUUCUGAAAUAGAUUCAGGUGACUACAAGUGUGUGGCAUCAAACAGUGCCGGAAAAGCCUCUCAUGGUGCCAGAGUUACUAUUGAUGUUGACAAGGUUACUUUCAUAAAGAAUUUAAAAUCUACUUACGUAACAGAAGAAGGCAAGUCGGUUAUUCUGGAGUGUCAAACAUCUCAUACAGUUUCUACUAAAUGGUAUCACAAUGACAAAGAAGUGAGUGGUAUGGACCACAGGGAAAUCAUCCAAGAAGGAAAAGUUCACAAACUCAGAAUAAAGAAAACUAAAUUAACAGACUCUGGCACUAUCAAAUGUGUAGUUAAAGGACAAGAAACUCACUCUAAGUUGAUAGUUAAUGAAACCGUACCUGAAUUUAUUAGAAAACUACAAGACUUUGAAGUCAAAGAAAGAGAUAUAGCUAUUUUAGAAGUCGAAAUUAACUCUGAAACUGCGGACGUAAUAUGGGAAAAAGACGGUGAAACAAUCAAGACAAAGAAAAACAAAUAUGAACUAGAGAAACGCGGUAAUGUACGAAAAUUGUUUAUUAGGAAUACAUCAGUUCAUGAUGAAGGAGAAUAUACUUGUAAACUUCGCGAUGAUUCGUGUACAGCAGAAGUUACUGUAGUUGAAUUGCCUCCAGAAAUUAUAUCACGGCUUCAAGAUCAAAAAGUAAACAAAGGAAGUAAAGCAACCUUUGAAAUCGAACUAACAAAGGGAGAUGCUUUAGUACAAUGGUUUAAAGACGGAUCAGAAAUUCAAUUUUCAAAUCAUAUACAGCUAACAAUUGAUGGGAAGAAGCAGAAACUUAAAAUUUAUGAUUGUGAGCUAUCUGAUGAAGGAACCUACGCCUGUGAGGUCGGUAAUGACAAAUGUACCGCUAACCUUAUUGUUGAACAGCCAACAGUUGACUUCACUCUGCGAUUACCUGAAAGUAUCGUUGUUCCUGCAAAUACCGAUGCUUAUUUGACAGUAGAAAUACCAGAUGACAGCCUGGAUGUCACCUGGUACAAAAAGAAAACAGUCAUUGAAGAUACUGAAAAGUUUACUUUAAUUUCCGAUGUUACAAAACGUACUUUAAUUAUCAGAAAAUGCACUGAAGACGAUCAAUGUGAAUAUUCAUGCGUGCUAUGUGACGCUAAAUGCUCAACCAAAUUGAUAGUUGAAGUUGUUGAAUACCCGCCAAAGAUACUCGGAUACGAGAAUAAGUACAGGGUUAAGAGAGGUGGUGAUGUUACUCUCCAAGUGCAGUAUGAAGCUGUCCCACAACCCAACGAUGAAUGGGUGGUUAAUUCUAAGAUAAUCAAGAAAACUAAGCACACAAAGCCGACUAUCGAUUCAAAGUCUGCUAGUCUAACGAUUAAGAAGGUUGAAAACACCGAUGCUGGAACUUAUCGACUACGUCUCGAAAAUAAUUGUGGUGAAACAACAGUUGAAAUAGGUUUAGUAGUUAUUGAUAUAUCGUCACCACCCGGAAAGCCGACCGUUGUGGAAACUACAAAUAAUUCCAUUAAUUUGUGUUGGGAUGAGCCGAGUGAAAAAGGAAAUACAGAAAUAGAUUGCUAUAUUAUUGAAUACCAAGAAUCAAAUACUACUGAAUGGAUAUCAAUUGAAAACAUUAAAACGACUCAAUACUCCGUUAAAAAUCUGAAGACAAAAUCAUCAUAUAAGUUCAGAGUCUUUGCUGUUAAUGAAGUAGGCGUCAGUCAGUCGUCCGAAGAAACAGAAUUCAUAAUAAUACAAGAACUUGUCAAAGCACAACCUCCAACAGUAGAGAAACCACUUAAAGACAUAAUACGAGAGCCAGAUGAAGACGUUGAGCUAACUUGUAUAUUUGGAGGAAUACCUGAACCUAAAGUGACGUGGCUCAAAGAAGGAAAGAAGUUGAAGACUGCUAAAGCUACCUACAUCAACAGGGUAGCAACUCUUGUCAUAACAGCGUCAGAAACUACAGAAGGAAACUACAGCUGUAUUGCUAGUAAUGAACAUGGCGAAGUUGAAACCACAUGUAAUUUAGAAGUACAACAAAAGCCUCAUGUUGUUGUGUCUGAUGAUGAGGUCAAUCAGAAGCUCCGAGUUGGAGAGGAGUGGUUAGUAAAGGCUAUAGUCAAAGGUAUUCCUAAACCCACGAUCAGUUGGUACUUCAACGGUACUAAAGUAGAAGAGUCUGAAGACAUAACAAUUACAAUUGAGAACAAUAUCAGUAUUAUUAGAAUAUCUGAACUCAGCCGUUCUCAUUCAGGAAAAUAUACAAUUGAAGCCAAUAACAAGGCUGGAAGUACUUCGUUUGAUGUUACUCUUAAAGUUUUCGAUAAACCUAGCAAGCCCGAAGGCCCUGUUGUGUUGCGUGAAAUCAGCCGAGAAUCUGUGACGAUAGAAUGGAAACCACCUCUUGAUGAUGGUGGUUUGGAACUAACAAAAUAUGCUAUUGAAAAACAUGAACCUGAUACCAACCAAUGGGUGAAAGUGGCCGAUGUCGAUAAAGACGUGGAUACAUAUUGCAUACAAAGACUGAAUGAAAAUUGUGAAUAUAUGUUCCGUGUCAUGGCCCAAAAUCCGGUAGGAUUCUCUGAGGCACUGGAAAGCGAACCUAUAGUCAUUAAAACAGCACUGGAUGUGCCUUCGCCACCCUUAGGCCCACUUGGCUUGUACGGUAUCAAUAGUGAUUCGCUCACUAUUACUUGGUAUCCAUCAGAGAAGAAUGGAGGCUCACCAAUUCUUGAUUACAGCAUUGAAAUUAAACAAGAAGGUAAAAAGUGGAAGCACGUGGCGACUGUUACUGAAACAAUUACUAAAAUAGAGAAGCUCACUGUGAACACCACUUACCAAUUUAGGAUAUGUGCCCGAAAUGAAAUUGGAACUAGUCUGCCUUACAUAUCGGAUGAGAAAGUAACGAUAGGAAAAACAUUAUCACGACCAUCGAAGCCGCAAAACUUUGCAGUUAAAGAAACGACUUCAAGGUCUGUAACUCUGCAAUGGGCGGCACCUGAGAGCGACGGUGGAAGUGUUGUUACAAAUUACAUCAUUGAAUACAAGACUGCUAGAGGUAAAUCAUGGACCAAAGCAAUCACUGUCAGUGGCACAGUAUUUGAACAUUGUAUUGAAAACAUCAAAGAAAAAGACGAACUAGUCUUCAGGAUAUCUGCCGAGAACGCGAUUGGCGUCAGCUUGGCGGCGGAAUCUCAGACUGUGAGGCUAGAGAAACAUGCGACGGUACCAUCACCGCCAACAGCUCCAUUAGAAAUUAGAACCGUCGGUACCAACAUCGUGAUGACGUCAUGGGGUACCCCCGAGUGGGAUGGUGGAGCACCUCUGUUGGGCUACAACAUCGCCAUACGUGACGUCACGAAGACUAUGUGGAUGGAAGUCGGAAAGGUCGAUGCGCAUACGCUUAAGUUCAAUAUCAAGGACUUGAACGACAAUCAUACUUACAUGAUUAGGAUAUACGCUCGCAAUGAAAUCGGAGUUAGCGAGCCUUUGGAGUCGGACGAACCAUUCAAGGUUAUUCCUGGAGAAGUGGACUCGCAAGCGGACGAGGAGGUAGGCGAGCAGACGGAGAUGACGGAGCCAACGUCGUUCAGCACUCAGACCACGACCUCGUGGAUGCGCGAACACAACAUGGACGCCGACAUUCGCUCCUACGCCCGCGGCUCGCUCCUCCGCCGCGACGAGUACUUCUUCAGAAUAUGGCACUACGCUAAACAACUCUUCAAAUGAUGCGACACCUCCGCGCAUUCAUAAACCUGUGAUAUUUAACGACAAAUAUAUUAUGUUCAUAGUUGGCGGAUAGUAAUGUAUAGAUUACUUCAACUAGACAGUGCCAUCCAACUCUGUCAUUUUAUAAUUUUAUAUUAUAGUUACGAUUUACUUUUUUUUGUAUCAACAUGUAAUAUUUAAUUAUUUAUUUUAGAUAAGGAUCAACUAUUUAUUUAUUUAAAUUAUUAUUAUGAAAUGUCUGUUGACACCAUUUGAGUCUCAUUCAAUACUUUUUAAGGGAGACGUUUUAAAUAUAGGUGCAAAAUAUUUAUUCGAUAAAUUGAGUGAGGCUCAAAUAAUCACCAGACAUAUUUAUUAAAAGAUUUAUUAUAGCAAUUAUUCAAAUAAAA